AUGUCGACAAACCCCACCCGAGAUGAUUACAUCCGCGAGCUGACGCACAAGCAUCAAUUCCUUAUCGUCAGCGGCCUUUUCGUCACCCUGCUCUUCUGCGGUUGCAUCAUCGUAUCCGCAAAUGAUUACAAGUUGCAACUCCUCGCCGUCAUCCUCGCCAUCGUAGUCUUCUACGGCGCUGUGCUCAGCAAUAUUAUGGUCAAGCAGGUGAACAAGGUCACCGUCAGUACCAACAGAAUGACGGAGCUCUGGCGGGAAGUGAGGGACUUAAGGGAGCAGGUUGCUCGUCUUCAGCGCUGA